AUGCAUCCCUCACCAUACAUCGUCGGCGAGUCCUCGCCUUUUCUUAAGCGCGUUCUAGUGCCCUUGUGGUGUAUUCGUGUUCUAGUCAUGCUCGCCAAUAUUGCCAGUUUGGUUCUUGUGCUCGUGGUUGCCAUUCCGCAGAUGGAGAGACAGCAACAACCAGUUGACAAACAACUGAUUGAGCAAGGUUUUGUGGUUGACUACCAGGCUCUAAUGAUUAACACUAUCGUCGUUCUUAUUCUUAUUCUCCCGUGA